AUGGCUCUUCAACCAUCCGAGGCGAAUAAGCUAAUAUCUAGUUACUCACCAGAUGAAGCACUGGCUUUGAUGGUUGAUUUAAAAUUAACAAAACAUCAAUACAUUGCAAUGCAAAAGGGUGCAAAUAAAAGAAAUGUCAAUCUCUAUCCCCCGUAUUAUUUGGUGCUUCAAUCCAAAGUUAAGUGUUAUCCCAAUGAGAUAGUCAUCUUGGAAAAUUCAGCCGAAAUUAGGUUGCAAAAAUUAUUUUGGUUUGAAAUCUUAGAACAUAAACCUGCAAUUUCUUCUUUAUUACUACAAUUGGAGUGUAAAGGGGGCUUAGAUGGUAGUGGCAGUCAUUCAAUGUACAAGCAAAAAUUAUUCAGUGAAAAUUUUAACACCAAUGAUGCAGACAUUCUUUUAAGUUCAUUGGUACCUUUGCGACUGCACUUUAAAAAUAAAGAUAACGACCAAACCGUGGUCGUCUGGCAGAACCCAGGUGCUCAUCUACAAGAUUUUGCAGGCCCAUUCGUUUUAAAUUCUGCAACGAGAUAG